ACCCCGAAGAGAGCAGGAGCCCACCGAGAGCUCCUUCAGAGCCCCGCAAGAUCUUUUUUUUUUUUAAUUCGAUUUUUACGGCGAAACCGUGUGACGGAUAAAUAUCUGUGCGUGAAUCCAUCUACGAAUCAAGAUGAGAUUUACCAUUCUAACGCUGACGGCUGUGCUUUGCCUCGCAUUAGUGAGCUCGCAUCCGCUUCCGGAAGACGGGCUCCGAUCAGAGGCCCUUGAUCGGCUGGUGAUGGCCGAAGCCGACAGCGAGGCCGCCCUGAGGAGCAAACGGACGAUCGGCAUUCUACGACAGCUCUUCCCCGAUAUUUCCCAGGACGUGAACCCGGAAUCGGAGAAUCGAGUGAACGAGAUCGGCUCGGAGUCGCAGAACAACGAGGUGCGAGUGCAAUUCGCGGACGAAGUGCCGAGCGAAAAUUCGCCGCAGGAGCUGACGCCAUUGGAUGAGACCGAGACACAGGAGGAGGACGAGAACAGGGACAAGAGAUUCCUCUUUGGUUUCGGCGGCAAUGCCGGCGGUGGCGCCGGGUCAGGCAACUUCCUCUUCGACAUUAUCAGGCUGGUGGCCGGAAGCGGAAGUAACCAGCUGGGCGACUCUUCGGGCAGCCCCGAACACGGAAAGGCGGACGAGCAUGAGGCCGUACCCGGCCCAGUCACCAGGUUCUUCGUCAUCGCUAAUCGAGGACUCUCGAAUCUCGUUCAGGAUCUCAUACUCCGUCUGGCGGCCACGAGCGAGCGCUUCGUCAACUUCAAGGCGCGAUUGAUCACCUCCAUCAUCUAAGAUCUCACUCGAGGACUGGGAUGAGGAAGCACAAGAAGAGGAGCUCCGCCGGCGUUGGUACCGCCACGCGGAGGCACCAUCGCCGAGCCGCCUUUGCCAAUAGGAGCACGGGUACGACGUUGGCAACAAAACCAGUCUCACGGUGUUGCCCCCUUGUCCCUGAGAUCCUGAACUCAAUUCCUUCGUCGAUGGCCGUCGAGCUUUUCGCGAAAAUACAAGACACUUCGCCGCCAAACGCAUUCCCCCCUAAGCGAUCGACUCGAUUCCGUUCGACCUCGUUCACUCCGCUGUCUAAUUCCCUUAUGUUUCCAGUUUCCAUCUACUUCUCACUCUCUGUCUCUUUCUUUCCUUCUUUUCUAUUUCUCCCCACUCUGCACUUCUGUUAUAUUUUCAUCUUUUAAUAAAAAUUAGAAUAACGAUAACGAUUAAUAAAGAAAUUUCCGUAAACGAUCGUCGUUUUAGGACGAUCAAAAGUUUAAUCGUUACGGCGUGGCUCGUGCCGCCAUGGUACGAUGGAAGCACAUCGAGAGAGAGAGAGAGAGAGAGACAGUGAAACUGUAAUAAAAUCGUUUUGCAUUUGUGAUACGACACGCUCUCCGUUUUGACAGUUUGAACGAAAUGAUUUAUGCACCAACGACCACGGGUUGAAAAUUUCUCCGCGAGCGCUCUCUCGAAUAGCAGAGAGUCAUACCUCGGCUAAAAAUAUUUCAAUUCGCGCUUAAAGUAAGAAUAAAUAAUCUAUUUUUUUAUUUAAAAGAUAUAUGAUACGGAAGGCUUAUGGUUUUUAACAGGGGUAAAAGACGCGUGCUAAUAAAGGAUCGAAGAACAAAGUCAAAUAUUUUUCCCUUCGAUUGUUCACGCGCGAACAAUACGUUUCAAUUGAUCGUCGUCGAGCAUGAGACAAAUAAGAUACUUGUACAUAGCUCAUCUCCGGAAUACAAUAGUGCCAGGCAGUCAUUGUUUCUAUCCAUUUGUGUUUCUACCACUGCUUUCUUAUCUAAUUCUCUCCCAUACCUGCAUUUCUCUCCUCCCACAAAAUUGCGGUGACGUAAUAAAACUUGUGAAAUUUAGACAAUUUAAAUACGUUAAACACUGUUAAUUAGAGAGAGUGUGAAACCAAAAUCUUUCUUGGUACGUACUUUAGCCGAUACAGCUUGUGGAAGCAUGUCACCGCAGUGAACUAUCGGAGAAAAAGAUUUUUCCCUUCUUGGAUUUUCUCGAUGCGGGAAAAUCCAAUAAGUGAUACAAUUUAACAAAUGUAAUGUCAGUAUGUGAAACUCGGCGUUUCUCGUCCUUAUACCGAGCGUAUUAUUUCUCUAUGUAAAGCGUCCCUGUUGUUUUUUGUAGUGCAAAUAAAUAUUAUUAUAAUAAGAAA